GACGGCUGUGGUGAUGAUGUCGAUGGCGAUGAUAUCGAUGGCGAUGAUGGCGAUGGCCGUGCGUGUGUCCGGUGAGUGCAGAUGGCCCGUGCGGAGACCGUGUGCCAGUUCUGUGGGGUGAGCUACCUCGUUCUGAACGAGGUGAAGCGGUUGGAGGAGCGGCAGAGAGAGAUGAGAGCGGAGAUAGAUGACCUGACGACACGGCUAAAGGAGGUGACCUCACAGAGGGACACUGCGCUGACACAGCUGGACAGCGUGACGGGAGAGGCUACACCCACCGAGGCCCUUCGCCUUCAGGAGGCCUCGCUCGGGGAGCGGCUCGCCCAGGCCGGGGCCUCCCUCGCCCGGGCCGCCCGCGGCACGGAGCCCGAGGCCCUGCGGGGAGAGCUGGGCCAGCCGGGAGGAUCGGUCGAGCGGGAGCGGGCCGAGCCGGCGGGCCUGCGCAGCCGCCUGGAGGAGGCCGAGGCCGGCGCCGCGCGGGUCCGGGCCGAGGAGUUCGAACGGCGGGAGGCCCCGGGGGGGCGGCUGGACGAGCUCCGGGCCUGCCUGGACGAGGAGAGGGCGGCGAGGAAGGCGGCGGAGGCGGCGGCGGCGCGGGCCGAGAGCAGGGCCUCGCGCGGCCAGGCGGCCCGCGGCAGGGAGGCCACCGCCUGGAAGGCGAGGCUGGGCGAGCUGGAGGCUUCGCUGGGCCUGGAGAGAACGGCGGCCGAAAAGUCGAGGGAGGAGCUCGCCAAGGCCCAGGCCAGGGCCGGCCUCCUGCAGGCCGCUCACUCUGAGGAGCGACACAAGCUCAAGGCCCGGAUAGGCCAACUCGAGGCUUCGCUCGGCCUGGAGAAAACGGCGGCCGAAAAGUCGAGGGAGGAGAUCACCAAGGCCCAGGCCAGGGCCGACCUCCUGCAGGCCACUCACUCUGAGGAGCGACACAAGCUCAAGGCCCGGAUAGGCCAACUCGAGGCUUCGCUGGGCCUGGAGAGAGCGGCGGCCGAAAAGUCGAGGGAGGAGAUCACCAAGGCCCAGGACAGGGCCGACCUCCUGCAGGCCACUCACUCCGAGGAGCGGCACAAGCUCAAGGCCCGGAUAGGCCAACUCGAGGCUUCACUCGGCCUGGAGAAAACGGCGGCCAAAAAGUUGAGGGAGGAGAUCACCAAGGCCCAGGACAGGGCCGACCUCCUGCAGGCCGCUCACUCUGAGGAGCGGCACAAGCUCAAGGCCCGGAUAGGCCAGCUCGAGGCUUCGCUGGGCCUGGAGAAAAUGGCGGCCGAAAAGUCGAGGGAGGAGAUCACCAAGGCCCAGGACAGGGCCGACCUCCUGCAGGCCGCUCACUCCGAGGAGCAAUACAAGCUGAAGGCCCGGAUAGGCCAACUCGAGGCUUCGCUGGGCCUGGAGAGAACGGCGGCCGAAAAGUCGAGGGAGGAGCUCGCCAAGGCCCAGGCCAGGGCCAACCUCCUGCAGGCCGCUCACUCCGAGGAGCAAUACAAGCUCAAGGCCCGGAUCGGCCAGCUCGAGGCUUCGCUGGGCCUGGAGAGAACGGCGGCCGAAAAGUCGCGGGGGAGACUCGCGGCCGCCGAAUCCGGGACGGCGGAUUUGCGGGCGCGGCUGGGCGACUUGGAGGCCUCGUUAGGCCUGGAGCAAACAGCGGCCCAGCAGCUGCGAGAGCGGCUCGCGGGGGCCCGGGCGGAGGGGGCCUCGCGCGACCCGCGCGGCCCAGGAGCUGCGGGCCGCACGGCAGGAGCUGGCGCUCGAGCGAGAGGAGUCGCGCCGUCUGCGAGCCUCGCUGGCGCGGCAGCAGGAGGAGGGGGCGGCCGAGGAGGCCCGGCAGGCUGCCGCAGAGGCCCGGUCGCUGGCGCCGCGCCUGGCCGAGGCGGAGGCCUCCCUACGGCGGGAGAGGGAGAGCGGCGAGGGCCUCCGGGCGGCGCUGGGAUGCGCGGAGGACGAGGUCCUGCGGCUGCAGGAGACGGUGCGGCGAGAGUGUGAGGAGCGCUUCCUCCUCACCGAGGCGCUGCACCACGCGCAGGGGCGGCGCGACCGGGCCACUCGCGACCCCUCACCGUGAAACACGCAGAGGGCCGCUGCUGGGCCACCGCUGGGCCACCGCUGGGCCACCGCUGGGCCACACGUCUUGACCACCGCGAGGCCACCGCUGGGCCACGUCUUGACCACUACUGGAGCUCCGCUGGGCCACCGCUGGGACACGUCUUGACCACCGCUGGGCCACCGCUGGGCCACACGUCUUGACCACCGCUGGGCCACCGCUGGGACACUGCUGGGCCAUCUCUUGACCACCGCUGGGCCACACGUCUCGACCACCGCUGGGCCACCGCUGGGCCACACGUCUUGACCACCGCGAGGCCACCGCUAUGCCACUGCUGGGCCAUCUCUUGACCACUACUGGAGCUCUGCUAGGCCACCGCUGGGCCACGUCUUGACCACCGCUGGGCCACUGCUGGGCCAUCUCUUGACCACCGCUGGGCCACUGCUGGGCCAUCUCUUGACCACCGCUGGGCCACUGCUGGGCCAUCUCUAAGCUACUGCUGGUUCACCGAAGGGCCGUUUAAUCGGCCCCCAGAUGAGAACUCAAGUAAACCCGUAGACUCGUAGAGAUACACAGAGACCCAUAGAGAUAUGGGUCUCUGUGGGUCUCUGUGUGAGUCGGUAUGUGUCUGUGUAUCAGUGUGAAUGUGUGGGUC